UAAAAUAGUAUAUAAAAGCGGGUAAACUAGUUAAAAAGCAUAAAAAGUUCUUGCAAACGUUAUCAAAAUGAAUGCCGUAAUUUUAUCUGCAUUUGUUGGAAUCCUGCUGGUUGUUUGCGUGCAGUCGCAGAACAACAAUGGGUGUAAUUUGAGCUGUGAGAAUAAUGAGUACUGCAACCGGCGGGUAAUUGGAAAAAUGGCAUUUGAGAGGUGCAUGAGAUACCGACGAAAAGGAGCUCUCUGCAAUGAUGACUUCUGGAAAUGCAAUCCGGAACAGGACUGUAAGCCUAGAAGACAGGGAUCUUCCCUCCGAUACUGUCUAGAUAGAUCCGAGACUACAAGUACUACCAUGACGAUGCCUACCACGCCCACUAUGAUGACAACUGACAUGCCAACCGAUAUGCCAACAGGUGUGACCGAUGGAAACACCAACGUGUAAAAUAAAUGAGAUGGUCCUUGGCUUCAAAGAUACCCCUUCCCCCACUCAAAAUGCUUUGAAUGAAAAAUAAACUAAUUUUAAAAUAGA